AUGGUUAGCAAAAAACCAAAAUUCAGAUUUGAUUUCGCCAUCAACGACCUCUCCAAUAUUCCUCACACAUCCGGCUACUGCUAUGUGGACGUUCUUAUCGGAGAUGGCCAUCAGAGCGGAUUUCGUGCUGCCAUUAGUUCGUUGAAGCCAGUAACCAAGUCAACAGGUUCCGGAGCCUCCGAUGAAGCUUCCAAGACUAGAACAGCGUCAUCCACGGCUUCUACAGACUCUUCAAGCAGUCUGGUUUCGUCCAGUUCAGGUAACAUUCAUGUCCGCACUUCACGACGCAAAAUUCACAACUUCAAGUGUUCUUUCAACUAUAAAUUAUCGUGCAACCUCAAGUUUGCUGUCAAGAAACGGGAGGACAUGAUUGGACCCAAGUUCUUGAACUUGCGUGUGUAUUAUGUGGUAGAUAAGACCAAAUCCUCCCACAACCUGGUGGAGUUGGGUACGGUGAAGUUGAAUUUGUCCGAGUACUUGAACUUUGAUGAGCCGGUCACCACCAAGCAUUUGCUUCAGAACUCCAAAAUCAACUCGCUCUUGAGCUUGACAUUGGGCCUUGACGAGUUGCCCUCUGACUACGAGUUCCACACGCAAUUGCGCAUUGACGACUCCAAGACUAGUGGUCAAACCACUGUGAGUGGUUCCCUGCUGAAAAUUUCGAAAACCACGGAUUCCAACACUCGCUCAUUCAACGUGCCGCAGUUCCAACGGCAAGCGGUGUUUGGAGGACUAGAGGGUGUCAUGCAGAAGAACCAGCCUCGGACGAAACAGGGGAACUCUAGUGACGAAGAGUCAGUAGCAAAUUCAGACCGACAGAAAUCGGCCCUGGGUAAACCUGACGAUGCCAACUUUGGCACGGGGACCUUUGACAACGUUAUUGUGGAUCCCACCAUCAGCAGACUUUACAGACGUGUGUUGGAAAGCACAUGGGACCCGGAGUUACAUUCGUUGCUUAAGUAUUCGCCAGAAAAGAUCGUGGAUGACAUCUUCAAGUCCAACGGACAGACGUGCCGAACAGAGAUGGAGAAAGACAUUGAGAAUGUGGAUCACCGCAUGGAUUCCGAAGAGUACAAGGAUACAAAUGGGCUCAUCAACGAGAUCAAGUACAGAGACAAUUUGAAGAGCUGGACAGUGUCGUGGGCGUAA